AACAAAUUCAAAUACAUAAUGAUAAUAAAAAACAUAUUGCUAAAUUGGAUGAUAAAAUUAAAAAAAUUAAACAUGUAAAUAUAUUCAUUCCAAAAGAACAAUAUUCAGCUAAUAUUAAUGCUUUUUGUAAAAUAAACACUGAGGAUAACCUUAAACAAAUAGACUCACAAUAUGGUAAUACUUCUGUAUCUGAUAUAACUAAUAAUACUUCAAAUUCUGAUAAACCA